GAACAACUAAUUUGUUUCUCUAAACUUGUAUCAAGUCCAUCUUGCCUGCGAGAUGUUCGGUGAAUCAGACUCGGAGAGCCCACGAGUGCCAUCCCCAUGGGACUCACUCACUUCCGUCCCUCCAAGCACCUCCACACAACGAAAUCCUUCGACGAGGCAUUCCGCAACUAGUUCCAGAGAACGAAGAGGGUAAUGUAGAGUACAAACUUCAUCUCCUUUCCCCUUCCCCCUCUCGCUUCACCCGCCUUGUCACACAGCUCAAAUGGCGUCUUCUGGAAGGCGGCGGACAGGCGUACUAUGAGCUCGGUGUUGCCGACUCUGGCGUACUCAUAGGGCUGGGGAGACAAGAGAUGGAGGAGACAUUAGGCACCCUCGAAGAAAUGGCUGGCGAGAUCGGCGCCAGCGUGAUAGUAGUGAAGGAGAUCGAGGUACCGGCGGAGGUGAGCGGAGUUGUCGAAGACUGGGGUGGAGAUGGACGCAAACGAAGGAGACAGAGGCAAUUAAUGGGUGACGACUCAGAAACCACAACGACUACGGAGACAGAGCCAGAGCCAGAGACUACUGACGUGGACGAUGAUCCUCCUCCAACAAACAACCAUGUAGAAAUGUUCUGCAUGGACGAAGACGGUGACUCGUCAUUAGACAGCGCGGCGUUUAUCCUGGACCUUGAGAUUGCGACCGUGUACAAGCCUCGCCCAUUCCGCCGCCGUGUUGCGAGCACCGUGCAAGGCUAUUCGGAUAGGCGCAAAGGCAAGGGCAAGAAACCUAAGCAUUUGCUUGCGCAUACCUGUACCCAGCCUAAUUCACAUUCCGAGCAUCAUACGCAUCACUCACACCACUCUAAUAUCCACAAUCAUCCAGACUUUACGCACUCAACUGAACCUCAAACCCACUUAACGUCCGAAAACAAGCAAUCCAAGCGCCGCGCCGCGAGAGACAAACGACGCGAAGCCAAGCAUAAUCCUCUUCUCCUACAUGUUCCAACUACAUGCAUUCAUGCCGACGAGCUGGUCUCUGGCUUGGAAUCUUUCCAUGUUACACUUGAGCUUGAAGACUUGCACCCGGCAUCCGCAUCUCCUGAAGUCGAGACCUCCGUGCACGACGAUGCGCACCUCGAUUCCCCUGCCCAAACACCGGCACCUGAGACUUUUAUUUCCCAACCUGACCCCAGUGUCAUCGAAACACACUAUGGGCUGCACCCUCCUAUCAUUGCGGAACCAUAUCAACAAACCCAGCCCGUUACAAACGAACCGGAGUCCCCAACUGAAAUUAUCUUAAUAUCAUCCAAGUCUCCUGCUGCUGAACUUGAGACAGAGCCUCGCCUCAUCGUCGAGGCGCUUGUGGUUCGAAAGAUGUCACUGGAGGAGGCAUUUCUGGACUUUGGAGGGUUCUCAGUGUGUUGAUACGAGUAUGUUGGCGCGGACUUGUAGCACUAUCUUUUUUGUGCGAUUUCUGGGACUGAUUUAUUGUAUUGCAUGUAUCGUAUUAUCAUUCGUGGCCUAUGCACACAAUUAGAGGAAUGGAGCAUGGCUUCCCAUAUAACAAUGUGAUGGGGGUGUAAACAA